AUGAAGACCGUAUUCUCGGGGUUGGCUCUGCCUACCUUGGCUCUGGCACUCCCCCAAAUAUUGUCAGGUGCGAAUUCGGGACAGAAGCUUGGUCUGCCCACGGUUGGCGGUCUCCUGAACGAUGUAUCCGGACUUCUUGGUUCCGUUGCAUCAUCGAUCAACCCCGACAACAAGCGACCAGAGCCAGGUUACGAGUUCAUUGCACCCGGUCCAAACGACAGCAGAGGUCCUUGCCCUGGCUUAAACCUCCUCGCCAACUAUGGCUACUUGCCCCGUAACGGCCACGUCACGUCUAGCCAGGUUAUCGAGGCUGUUGCACGCGGCUUCAACAUGGGAGCGGACCUCGCAACGGUUCUCGCUGUGUUCGCUGUUCUGUCUGAUGGCGAUAUCGAGACCCAGUCGUGGUGGCUGGGUGCAGGCCCGAACAUCGUCGGCGGCCUGAACCGUCACUCCACCGUCGAGGCCGACAUCUCUCCCAACAAAGAGGAUUUCUACAAUGGCUGCGGUGACAACCAUCACAUUUCUUCUCGCAUCUUCAAGCAAAACGUGGAGUUUGUCAAGCAAGAUCCAAACAAGGAGUUCAGCUACGAUGUCAUGCGACGACAGUACAGCGCCAAUGCCGCCUUCUCGAAGCAAUACAACCCAUACCUUUACUACUUUCCAUUCCCGUCAAUUGUGUCGGUUGUGGCGUUCAAUUUCUACCCCGAAUACUUCUCCAACGGCACAUACGGAGCAGGCGGAGUCGCCAACUACGAGUCCAUCUCCAGCAUUGUUGGCGCCAAGUAUGACAAGAAGACAGGCGACUACGAAUACGUCCCCGAGAGGUGGCCCGAGAACUGGUACCGCCGCGCCACCCCCUACGGUGCCGUCGAGGCCCUGACCGAUGGCUUCACUCGCAUCUACCCUGCCAACCCUGUGGCCAUGGCCUUCGGGCAGAUUGGAACCCCCAACCUCAAUGCCACCACCCUACUCUGCAACGCGUUUCAGGGUCUCAACUCAAUCACUCCUCUGGCCAUUGCAGGUCAAAGCCGUGCUGCGCAAGCUAGCCUCACUUGGGCGCUUGGAAAGCUCAUUGAUGUCGGUCUUGAUGGCACCACCCUCGGAUGUCCAAAGACCACGAUCAGCCAGAACUUCUACCCUGACGGCAAGGGUGGUCCGCUGCAGCCACCACCAGUUCAGACCAAGAACAAUGGCAACAACGUCUACAACAAGGUGUACCACCGCACCGCGCCCAAGCAACCGAUCUGUGACAUUACCGCGCCCGCAGCGCCUGCAUAUUAA